AAAGGACUAGCUGCCUGCAACAGGUCGUCAUACGAAUCGUAGUAUAGAGAAAGAGACUUUUGGAACAGGGACUAUCUAAACCGCGCCCGGCAAGGAUACACAACCGUUUCAAGGAUAAUUUUUAACGAUUAAAUAGUAACGGUUACUUUUUUCCGGGUCGAGAGCAAUUUAGUACGGAAAGGGGUACUGGAUAAAACCCGGAAUUCGUUAAGGGAUUUUUUAAUAGUGCGUAAGCAGACAUUUGGCUGUAAUGUUGUGAUUAAAGUGAAGUGAAUCUGUGGAGCUCAAUAUUUAUUUCGGGUGGAAAAAUUAGUUUUACCGUUUUAAAAAUAAAUCCUUUGGGAGUUUUUCAAUCAGCGGAAAAAUAGGAUCACAAAUGGCGAAUUUUGUAGUUUGGACGUGCUUAGCUGUGAGCCUUUGUACGGUAGCAGCAUAUUCGGCACGGCACCGCGAUAACAACUACCUGUUGCAUGAUACUCAAGACCAACAGCAGCAACAACAAGUACAAGAAGUAGACGACGAAGAUGGUUUAAAGACCGGAACACGUUCAUCUCAACUUGAAAUUAAUUUUCAUCCUUUGGGGGAUUUCGGUGGCGGUGCACCAGCAAAUCGGGAAUCUGUGGUUGAAGCGUUUCCAUUCGAACCUCAUACAAGACCCUUACAACCGGAACAUAGGCAGAACGAGGUUCACCCGCAACAACAACAGCAACACAACCAUCAUCACCACCUGAAAGGACAGCCUCAACGAUUAGCUGAUGACGAGCAGAGAAAUUUUAAAGCCCUCAAGGAUAUAACUCAAGCCACUCCAUUAUUUUCAAAGUAUCCCCACUUCACUUUGCCGAUGUUCAGCAAUGAACCGAGUAUCGAUGGCGGCAUAAAUUCAAACAAUGAAAAUUACGAGGACAUCGAUAAUAUUUAUAAACAGGAUAUGCCUGAAGGAAAUUAUAAUGUUCAUAGAUGGGGUGGCGAGGAUUUUGGGGAGGAGCCGACAGCGUGGUCCUGGCUCAAUGAUGACGUAAUGGACAACCUCAGCGAUGGACAGAAAAGGAAUGCAUUCCACGCUAUCAAACGACAGAAAUCUAAGAAGCGUCAGGCCAAAUUCACGCCAGGGAUAAGCGUUGGUGAGUUGUACGGUGCAAUGACAAACUUAGGUGACUUUUUCGACAAUCUCAAAAACAACAUUGAUUUCCUGGAAAAAGGAGAGCUUACAGAUGAACAGAUCCAACUGCUCGACGGGCAACAUCCUCUGACCAGUCUGAAGAAGGAACUUUCCAGUACAAGUGGUGAGAAUGACUCUUCGUGGCAUAACAACGGACCACAUGGCACAGCUGCGUUCAUUCAUGCCAUCAGAACAUACCGUCCCUCCCACAGGAUUCGGAACCUAAUUUCCACCGUACCUGAAGGAUAUCGCGGAGCCAAUUCGCAUGACCCUAACUAUAAAUGGAUCGGACUGGGCAAACGAAGCUACUUCUAAGUUGAACGGGCUGUUUUAAUGGAAUCUUGUCUUCUCAUCUGUAUCCAUAGGUUUCAAAUUGAAUCUAACUUUUUUCAGAUUUUUUCAGAGAAAUAGUUCAUCCCUUUGGUACAAGAAUAGUAUGACAUUGAAUGAGACGUGGCUGGCGUAUUAUUAUAUAUCCUAGAAACACAAAAUAUCAUAUUAUAAGUGAGCAUAUCUAUCUAUCCUAGUAUAUUUUAACCAAGCAUUCUCAGCAUGUUGAGAUAUUUGAUACACGUGGAGAAAUACGAGUACCCCGAUAACAUUCCAACUAUUCCAUACUAUUAGUGUACCACAACCAUCAUUCAUUUCGACCUUUCGAUCUUCCUAACAACGAAUUUAUUAGUGUUUUGGGCGUUAUGUUUCGCUAAUUGUUGUUUUCUAGUUUGUCGAAACCAGCAAAGUACUAAGAAUAAAACAAUCAGAUAUCAGACGUUAAUCACUGAAAGUAAUCAACAGUUGAAGUUCAAGUUAAUGCAGAAAUGCAGGAAUAACAAUUAUUGAUGAUAAUAUGAAAUUUAAUAAAUAUAGAAAUUUAAUUAUUAUCUAUUUAAUUGUGUAAAAAGUGUAAUAUUCUGAUGUUAUGUAUGUAUAAUAAGAAAAGUCUUGAAUCUAAUUAAUAAACUGCAUUUAUU